AUGGUGUCAUCUCAUCCUUUUGUAGCGGCUGGCCGCACAUUGGCUGGCGCAUCAAAGCGAUUGGCCCGAAAACCCACCCGCGCCGCAUUUUCUACAUCCCGUUCAGCAGCAGCAAAGAACCAGAUCUACUCCCCGAUCCGCAGCCCAAGUACGUUCCACACGCACCUCCUCCUGUCCUCGUCGGCCCGCAUGCCCCUCAUCACCCUAUGGACGACGUCGUGGUGCCCGAGCUGCAAGCACGUCGAGCCGCUGCUCAAGUCGGUCGUCGAGUCGGGCGUUGGUGAGGACCAAGGCGGCGUCGGCUUCGCCCUCGUCGAGCUUGACGCCCCAGACAUGCAGCCCUCCGACCUGGGUCUGACCUACAUGAUCAACAGCGUCCCGACCCUGCUCAGUUUCGACAGCGGCGAGGCCCAGAUGGCGACCAAGGUCGUCGAUGGGAGGAAGCUGGUGAACCGCCAGUUCCUCGAGGAGUGGGUGCGCAGUGAGGCCAGCAGGCAGGGUAGUGGCGGAGGCGGAGGUGGCGGCAUUGGGGGAUCGGGACUCUUCGGUGGGCUUUUCGGUUCCCAGAAGUGA